CAGAAAGAGAGACGCAAACACAUAUGCUCCUCUUUAGGAGAGCUAUAUAUGAAGCAAAGCACUUUGGUAUAAGAUUAGCCUUGUAGUUUGUGUGGUAACCCCCCUGUGCUCCACAGAAAGAAGAUGGCAUUUGGGAAUUUCUUUCUGGCAAUUCUGCUGCACCACACACUCCAGGCAGCCCUGGCACAGUUGCCUGCUCAGACGGAGACCUGUUCUGGGAAAAGCCAGAAGAUCUCUCUCAGCCACUCAUACAAGAUUGAUGUGCCCAAGUCCUCUCAGAUCAAGAUGGAGCCAGACCCUCUGCCCCUCCAAGAUGACAGCCACAUACUGUUAUUGGGUGGGGAAGCAGAUGAGGGUGAGGAGCAAAAUAUCAUUUUCAGGCACAACAUUCGGCUGCAGACUCCCAAAGGUGACUGUGAAAUCCUUGGCCAGCUCAAGGCCUUGCUGGGAAGGCUGGAGAAGAUGGAGAUGGAACUGGUGCAUCUGAGGGAAGCCUGUAGCCCUCAAAAGUGCUGUGGGAGAGGCCGAGGGGUUUCAUCCUGUAGUGGCCAUGGUACGUUCCUUCAGGAAAUUUGUGGCUGCAACUGUGAUGAAGGCUGGGAAGGUCAGGACUGUUCCCGCCCCAAGUGUCCCGGGAAUUGCAAUGGCAACGGGCGCUGCAUUGGUGGCCGGUGCGUGUGCAAUGUACGUUAUGCUGGUGAGGACUGCAGCCAGCUCCUCUGCCCUGAAAACUGCAGUGGAAACGGCCUCUGUAUCAAUGGUGUAUGCCAGUGCUACAAGGAAUUCAUUGGGGAUGACUGCAGUGAGAAGAGGUGCCCCAAUGACUGCAGUGGCAACGGAUACUGUGAUGCCGGCGAGUGUUACUGUGAGGAUGGCUUCAUUGGGCUUGACUGUUCAAAAGUGCUCGCUCCUUGGAAUGCACGAAUCCUAAAGUCUUCAGAAGAUUCCCUGAACAUCGGAUGGGACAAAGUGAUGGAUGUGGACUAUUACCUCAUCAGCUACUUUCCCACUGGGCAUGAGGCUUCUGUGAAGCAAGUGCGAGUGCCUAAGGACCAGAUCAGCUAUGAAAUCCUGGGCCUUCUUCCUGGCACAAAGUAUAUCAUCACACUUCACAAUGUAAAGAAGGGGGUUUCCAGUGAUCCAGAACUCCUGCAAGCUAGCACAACUGUUUCUUCUGUUGGUGCAAUCUGGGUGACAGAGAAGACAGAAAAUUCGCUGGAAGUCGAGUGGGAGAAUCCUGCCACAGAGGUGGAUUAUUACAAGUUGAGGUUCAGCUCCUUGCUUGGGCAAGGAGGGGAGCAGGAGGUGGUGGUGCCCAAGAGCAGUGACCCAAAGAGCAGAUAUAUCAUCACGGGUUUGAUACCAGGAACACAGUAUAAAAUCACGGUCAUAUCCAUGAAGGAUGAGAUGGAAGGGAAGCCAUCCUCUGUGAUUGGCAGGACAGAAAUUGACAUCCCCCAAAAUCUAGUGACUGAGGAAGUAACAGAGGAUACAGCUACAAUAUCCUGGGACAAGGUCCAGGCUCUCAUAGAUCGAUAUACAGCACGAUGCACUUCUGCAGAUGGAGACACCAAAGAGGUAUCUGUAGGGGCAGAUGAAAGCAGCACUACCCUGACGGGAUUGAGUCCAGACAAGGAGUAUAUCAUCUACAUCUGGGCUGAAAAGGGGAACCAGCAGAGCGAGAGGGCAAACACUAAAGUUGUGACAGAAAUUGACAGCCAAAAUCUACAUACAGACCAAGUGACAGAGAGCACAGCCUCCUCCUCUUGGAGUGAUGUCCAGGCUCACAUUGACAAGUACAUGGUGAACUACACUUCUGCCGAUGGUGAAUCCAAAGAAUUAUCUGUGGGCAAAGAUAAGAGGAGAACAGUCCUGACAGAUCUGAGACCAGGCAUGGACUAUUACAUCUACAUAUGGGCCAAGAGGGAAGCCCAGCAGAGCAAAAGGAUGAGCAUUAAAGCUGUGAUAGACAUUGAUGGCCCCACCAAUCUGGUAACUGACCAAGUAACAGAAGACACAGCUACCAUAUCUUGGAAUGGGGCUCAGGCUCCCAUAGACAGAUAUGUAGUGAGUUAUACCUCAGUUGAUGGGGACAUCAAAGAGAUGUCUGUGGGAAAGGACAAGACAACUACGACCUUGAUGGGUUUGAAACCAGGCACGGAGUAUACCAUCUACAUCUGGGCUGCAAAGGGAACCCAGCAGAGCAGGAAGGCAAGCACAAGCGCUGUUACAGAAAUAGAUGGCCCUACAAACCUGACAACAGACCAGGCAACAGAGAACACAGCCACUGUCUCUUGGAACAAGGCCUUGGCUCCCAUAGAGCGGUACAUUCUGAGGUACACCUCUACUGAUGGAGAAACUAGAGAGAUAACAGUGGGAAGGGAUAAGAGCAGCACCACUUUGACUGGACUGAAGCCAGGCAUGGAAUACAUCAUCUCCAUCUGGGCUGUGAAGGGAAGCCAGCAGAGCAAGAGGACAAACACAAGAGCCGAGACAGAUAUUGAUCCUCCCAAGAAUGUCCGUGCAUCAGACAUAACACAAUCCAGUGGAGUGAUCACAUGGUUACCUCCUGAUGCUCAGAUCAGUGGCUAUCUUCUCACCUAUGAUGAGCCAGAUGGCACCAGCACGGAAGUGAAACUAGGUCCUAAUGACCGAAAGGUUGUUCUACAAGGCCUUAGUCGUGGCACUGAGUACACCAUACAUAUCAUAGCUUUUAAGGGAGAUCGCUGGAGCAGAAAAGCAGCCACCACCUUUUCUACAGUCAAUAUUCUCUAUCCCUACCCUGCGGACUGCAGCCAGACCCAGCAAAAUGGACAUUCCACCAGUGGCAUCUACACCAUCUAUCUGAAUGGCGACCUCAACAAGCCCCUGCAGGUUUAUUGCGACAUGACCACCGAUGGAGGUGGAUGGAUAGUGUUUCAGAGGCGGAACACAGGACAAUUGGAUUUCUUUAAGCGCUGGAGAAAUUAUGUUGAAGGCUUUGGAGAACCGACUGAGGAAUUUUGGCUUGGCCUUGAAAAGCUGCAUGAACUCACCAGUACUGCUUCUACUCCCUAUGAGCUGAGGGUGGAUUUGCGAACCCACAAUGAUUCCGCCUAUGCUGCCUAUGACCGCUUCCAGGUGGCCUCCAGCAGGGACAGAUACAAGCUCUCUGUGGGGAAGUACAGAGGCACUGCUGGGGAUGCCAUGACUUACCAUAAUGGUCGGAAAUUUACCACCUGGGACAGGGACAAUGACAUAGCUAUCACCAACUGUGCAAUAACUCACCAUGGUGGCUGGUGGUACAAGAACUGCCACUUGGCCAACCUCAAUGGCAAAUAUGGAGAACACAAGCAUAGUGAGGGAGUUAACUGGGAGCCAUGGAAAGGCCAUUUAUUCUCUCUCCCUUACACUGAGAUGAAGAUACGUCCUCGUACUCAUAACUUUGUGCCAAUUCUGGGCAGAAAAAAGCGGUCUCUGAUCAUGAAGAGGAAGGAGCUUUAAAUGCAGGUGCAAGUCAGCUAAGCCGCUUUGAUCUAGUAAGACAGAUUUACAACCAAGACCCUCAGACUCAUGUCCAUGAUGCCUUUUGGGAGCCUAAUUGAUUUAUUUGCUGGCCUAAGAAGAAGUCAUCUCUCUGUUCUGUGAUUGUAAACAUUUUGAUGUUACUUGAGGUCAUUGAGAAUCUCAUGAAUAUCUAAAUAGACAAAGGAAGCCUCAUAAUCACCCUGCACAUGCUCCCCCCGCCUGCUGCCCCACAUUUAUACAGCUGGGAAUCUUACUUGAGGCAAAGAGCAUGUGAUUUGCCUGAGGUUGCUCAGGAAGUUUUAGGCAUAGCCAAGAACGGAACCCCGUUCUCUCCCAUGUGUUUUCUUCGGUGCCUAAAGCACAACAGGCUCCUUCUCAUCUGACCUAAAUCGCCUUUCUUCAGUUCAUUCAGAAGUGCCAAAAGAAUACUAGCUCCUACUUCAUGUCCAUAAAGCUUCAUCCUUUCUUGUCAACAGAGGACAAAUUUUGGGACUGUUUGAAAGGGAGAUUUUAAAAUCCUCCCAAGAGAACAUGGAGAACAAUCUUAAUAGCUUUUCCUUUUGGUUUCCUUUUAAUUCAGGUUAUAACUAUUCAAACAUGGUUGUGCAUGGCAUUUGGGGGGACAACCCAGGACCACAGCCUGUUGUAACAUCAUACUGCUGUAAGCACUAUACACUGAACUGAAGAAAGCUACACUUAUCUGCUUCACAAAGGUGGUUGAAUGCAAAUCCUGGUUGACUUGGAUGUCUGAGCUAGAUUCUUGUUCAUUUGUUUCCAUCAGGAGAAACAAACAAGGGGGGGGGGAAAGCAUGAGAAAAGUUAAGUGCUGUGACUGGGAACAUUUUUUUUUAAAGCUAGAAACGGGAAACGAAAAGGGUAUUUGCAUACAGAACACUAACAUGCACAUUUGAGCCUCCUUAUGUGUCAUGUAUUAAUGCGGCUAAUGUGGAAUUGGGAAGGGAAACCAGAAAAAAAAACACAUUGCAGUGUGUGCUCCAUUUGCUUUGAGAGUUCAUUCACACAGUAAGGUGUGAAAAUGUCCAAGGCCAAGCAUCUCUAGAGACACCAUGAGAAUAACCUAACUGGGUGGGGACCAGAUGCAAAAGAGGACAAGGCAGAUCCUGUACCCUCUAGAGCUGUGUAGAAAGAGGAAUUUCUGCAAUGCAGCUUUUCUUACCCCUGCAGGACUUAAAUAAAAGGGGGAUUUUGGACAACUAUUAAAAGUUACACAAACCUCAUCCUUCGUUACAUCUGGUCUCCUACUGGUGUUGCAGGAUAAAGAAGCACACAGAGAGCCUGCAAUGGCCUUAGGCUCAGAUGUUUGAAUAUGUAGGAGACAAGGCUUUUUAAAACUGUACAACCAGACACAAAA